AUGGGUUCCACCAAUUACACGGCGCCGUUUCCCGGCCGCCCGGACCUCCCCUCAACCUCGACCUCCACCCCCACCCUUCUCGUCCCCAAAAUAGAGCCUAAACUUGAACCAUUUGACGAAUCCUCACCAUAUCCGCCCUCAUUCUACCACCUCUCCUCCUCUCUCCCAGUCCCCACCCCCAACAAGCUGCCGCUAUCUUGCGAUUUCGACCGCCUCUCAGACACGUUCCUCUCCGCCACCAGCCGCAGAAAAGAACCACGCGCGGGCAGCCCAACCGGGCACAAAACAGACCCGAACCCUCUCGCCAUAUUCUCGGUCCCAGACGGCACCGAGCCCCACCUAUCGAGCGCCCCCUCGCCCUGCGGUGUCAGGAAGUGCCCAAUUCGCUCAUCGGAGAUGGUCCGGGUCACGGAUCUGAAGCCCGAGGACAGCCGCUAUUUCCGCGGGUCGAUUCGCCGGGCCCGAAUGAUUUAUGAAUCACUCCGUGUUUUUGCAGUCGCUGAGGACGAGAGGCGGCGGGAAGUGUUCCCCAACCUCCGCAAGUGCCGCACGAGGGCCCACCUGAAGGCGGCAGCCGUGAUGAGAGAGCGUGGGCUGUGGCUAAACCGGGAUAAGCGGGUAGUGGGCACUAUCCCAGGGGUCGAGAUUGGGGACGUCUUCUUUGUCAGGAUUGAGAUGUGUGUCGUGGGGCUACACGGGCAGUCCCAGGCUGGGAUCGACUACGUACCCAUUAGCCAGAGCUUGAAUCGGGAGCCGAUUGCCACAAGCAUUAUCGUUUCUGGAGGAUAUGAAGACGGCGAGGAUGCGGGAGACGUGAUAGUGUAUAGUGGUCACGGUGGGCAGGACAAGAAUGGCAGGCAGGUGGAGCACCAGAGGCUGGAAUGGGGGAACUUGGCCAUGGAGAGGAGUAUGCAUUAUGGGAUUGAGGUGAGAGUAAUCCGCGGCUUCAAGUACGAAGGCAGCGCGAUUGGUAAGGUGUAUGUUUAUGAUGGUCUUUACAAAGUUGUCGAGACUUGGUUUGAUAUGGGGCGGUCAGGGUAUGGUAUUUACAAGUUCCGACUCGUGCGAAAUGAGAAUCAGGAGGAGAUGGGAAGUUCUGUGAUGAGAUUUGCUAUGAGCUUAAAGACACGGCCUCUCGAGUCCCGUCCGGUGGGAUAUAUGUCCCUCGAUCUAUCGGGAGAGAAGGAGAACUUCCGGGUGCUCUUUUUCAAUGACGUGGACUCUAAUCAGGACCCCAUUCAUUACGAAUACUUGGCGCGUUCUGUUUUCCCACCCUCGGUCUAUGACUCGGGGAGUGGUGGCAGCGGGUGUGCCUGUGCCAGGGGGUGCAUGGAGGGUUGCCUCUGCUGGGUGAGAAAUGGUGGGGACUUUGCGUACCACUCGAGCGGGAUUCUGGUGCGGGGGAAGCCGCUGGUUUUCGAGUGCGGGCCUCACUGCCAGUGCCCCCCAGAAUGCCGUAACCGGGUGACCCAGAAAGGGUUGAGGAAUAGGUUCGAGGUGUUCCGCUCGAGGGAGACCAAUUGGAAAGUGAGGUCACUGGACCUCAUCCCCGCGGGCUCCUUUGUCUGUGAGUACUCUGGAGUGGUCCUCACCCGGGAGCAGGCCCACUUACUCACCAUGAAUGGGGACAGUCUAAUCUACCCGGAUCGCUUUGGUGAGAGGUGGAGGGAGUGGGGGAAUCUUUCGGAGGUUUUUGCCGACUUUUUGCCCUCUUCGUACCCAUCGCUGCCACCGCUCGAUUUUUCCAUGGACGUGUCGAGGAUGAGGAACCUGGCCUGCUACAUCAGCAACAGCACGAGCCCCAAUGUGUUCGUGCAGCCCGUUUUGUAUGACCACACCAAUGUGUCCUUCCCCCGCCUCAUGCUUUUUGCUAUGGAGAAUAUUCCGCCUAUGAGGGAGCUUAGCCUAGACUAUGGUGUGGCCACCGAAAGUACUGGAAAGCUUGCUCUUUGCAACUAA